UGCCUGGUAUCUGUAGUCAUGCCUCUGGCUCGUAGCCUCUCCGUCUCUUCGUUGACUGGUCUGGAGGACUGGGGAGACGGAUUCGAUCAGGAGGACGCUGUCCUGUUUGAGGUGGCGUGGGAGGUCGCCAACAAAGUGGGCGGGAUCUACACUGUCAUUCAGACGAAGGCAAAGCUCACGGCUGACGAAUGGGGAGAAAACUACUUUCUGAUUGGUCCGUACGUGGAGAGCAGCGUGCGCACGCAGGUGGAGCUGAGCGAGCCCUCGAACCCGGCCGUGCGCAGAGUCCUGGAGUCCAUGAACAGCAAAGGGUGCAAGGUGUAUUUCGGGCGCUGGCUGAUCGAGGGGGGGCCCUGUGUGAUCCUCAUCGAUGUGGGGGCCACAGCCUGGUCCCUGGACCGCUGGAAGGCGGAGCUGUGGGAGAGCUGCAGCAUCGGGGUGCCCUGGUUCGACCGCGAGGGGAACGACGCUGUGCUGUUUGGAUUCCUGACAGCCUGGUUUCUGGGGGAGUUCAUCGCUCAGUGUGAUGAGAAGCCUCACAUUGUGGCUCACUUCCACGAGUGGCUCGCUGGGGUGGGGUUGAUUUUGUGUCGGAUUCGGAAGCUGCCCAUCGCCACCAUCUUCACCACCCACGCCACGUUACUGGGGAGGUAUCUGUGCGCUGGGAGUGUGGACUUCUACAACAACCUGCAAACUUUCAAUGUUGAUAAGGAGGCUGGUGACAGGCAGAUCUAUCACCGGUACUGCAUGGAGAGGGCAGCAGUGACCUGCAGCCAUGUUUUCACCACCGUGUCUCAGAUCACAGCGAUAGAAGCAGAGCAUCUACUGAAGAGAAAACCAGAUAUCGUGACUCCGAACGGUCUCAAUGUGAAGAAGUUCUCUGCGAUGCACGAGUUUCAGAACCUCCACGCCCAGAGCAAAGCCCGGAUCCAGGAGUUCAUCAGGGGUCACUUCUACGGACACCUGGACUUCAAUCUGGAUAAGUGCAUCUUCCUCUUCAUCGCUGGCCGCUAUGAGUUUUCAAACAAGGGCGCUGACAUCUUCCUCGAAGCUCUCGCCAGACUGAACUACCUGCUCAGGGUGAAUCAGAGUGACGUGACCGUGAUCGCUUUCUUUAUAAUGCCGGCGAGAACCAAUAAUUUCAACGUGGAAACUCUGAAAGGACAAGCAGUGAGGAAACAGCUGUGGGACACAGCCCACACUGUGAAAGAGAAGUUCGGAAAAAAACUCUACGAAUCUCUCUUGGUAGGGCAGCUGCCUGAUUUGAAUAAGAUGAUGGACCAAGAGGAUUUCACCAUGAUGAAGAGAGCCAUCUUCGGCACACAGAGGCAGUGUCUGCCCCCAAUCUGCACACACAACAUGCUGGAUGAUGCGACAGACCCCAUCCUGAACAGCAUCAGGAAGAUGGGUCUGUUUAAUAAGAGCACAGACAGAGUCAAGGUUAUUUUCCAUCCUGAGUUCCUCUCCUCCACCUCUCCUCUGCUGCCAAUGGAUUACGAGGAGUUUGUGAGGGGCUGCCACCUCGGGGUCUUCCCUUCGUACUACGAGCCCUGGGGCUACACACCCGCGGAGUGCACUGUCAUGGGGAUCCCCAGUAUCUCGACGAACCUGUCGGGGUUCGGCUGCUUCAUGGAGGAGCACAUCGCUGACCCCUCUGCUUACGGGAUCUACAUUCUGGACCGACGGUUCCGUGGAGUGGACGGCUCCUGUAAUCAGCUGGCCUCCUUCCUGCUCUCCUUCUGCCAGCAGAACCGGCGCCAGAGAAUCAUCCAGAGGAACCGGACCGAGCGACUGAGUGACCUGCUGGACUGGAAACACCUGGGCAAGUAUUACAUGUCUGCUCGUCACAUGGCCCUCUCGAAAGCCUACCCAGAAUACUACAGCUACGAUCCCCAGGAAACCACAGCGUCUCCAGGGUUCAGAUUCCCGCGCCCCGCCUCUGUGCCCCCCUCCCCCUCUCUGUCCCGUCACUCCUCCCCCCGCCACAGCGACGCCGAGGAAGAGGAGGAGACGGAGGAGCGCUACGACGAGGAAGAGGAGGCUGAGAAGGACCGGCUGAACAUCAAACCAGUCUCCUUACUGGGAGCUGUGGGGGAGUGGAAGGGGCACGGCGGCGGCUCCACCAGUAACACCAGUGCGACCAGCAGCCCCCCCAGCGAGCUGAGCUCUCCCAGCAACUCCGAGAGGAACUAGAGAGAGAGAGAGGGAGGAGGGGAGAGGGAGAGGGAGAGAGAGGAGAGAGGAGAGAGAGAGGGAGGGAGGGAGAGAGGGGCCAGUUAGAAAGUAUUUACAAGGCAGUUAGAGAAAGAAACCAGUUAGAGAGAGAGAGAGAAACCAGUUAGAAUCUAUUGAGAACCCAGUUAGAGAGAAACCAGUUAGAAACGAUUUACAAACCAGUUAAAGAAACCAGUUAGAAACGAUUUACAAACCAGUUAGAGAGAGACAGACCAGUUCGAAGGUAUUUACAAACCAGUUAGAGAGAGAGAGACCAGUUAGAAGGUAUUUACAAACCAGUUUGAGGGAGAGAGAGCGCCCCCAGUGUUCCCCAGCCCGGGUCGCUGUUUUGUUGUGUUUGGGGGAGGGGGGGGUGACGGUGCGGGGGGUUUUUAUUUUGAUCACGUUUUCGUUUGUAUUUUUCGGUUUAUUUUUAAAAUGUGUUUCUCUGUGUUUUUGGAGACUGUGUCUGAUUUUACCAUCCAAGCUGCCUUCCAUAUACACAGUGUGUAUAAAUAUGAUAUGAGACGACUUCCUCUGGAUCAUUUCAACAUGUGAAAAUACAAACAAUACCAGGAAUGUGAACUGAUAAUAAAUAAAUACAUGAAUAAAUAAAUGAAUACAUUAAAUGAA